UGGAAAAAAAAAAAAAAAAGAAAAGGAAAAAGAAUGAAAAGCACUAAACCUUGAAGGGGGUUUAAGAAUAAAAGAAGAUGCUUUUGUGGUAGCAUCGUUUCCCAAAACCAUGUUUAUAGUGAUUCGCAGGCUUCGGCUUCCUCCCAUUUCCGUUGGGCGAUUCCAGAAUCAAGUGUGGACUCCGCCUCUCCAUGCUCUCUUCUCCACUCACAUUGUCGCCGACAAACCAAUUCUGGUUCGGGAUUUCGUUCACUCUGCUUUGUACCAUCCCUUACAUGGUUACUUCUCCCAACGGCCCCGCUCCGUUGGAGUCCUUCACAGCAGCAUCAAGUUCAAUCAACUUGAAGGCAGAAAAGCUUAUAUGAGAUACUUGGAUAAUAUUUACAAGCAGAACGAUAUCUCUUGGUUUACGCCUGUGGAGAUCUUCAAGCCUUGGUAUGCCCAUGCAAUUGCUGAAGCCAUCAUGCGAACUGCAAACUUCUCUGUCCCUCUAAAAAUAUAUGAAAUUGGUGGUGGAUCAGGAACUUGUGCCAAGGGUAUAUUGGAUUACAUAAUGUUGAAUGCUCCUCCAAAAGUUUAUAACAGUAUGACUUACACCUCAGUUGAGAUUAGUCCUUCACUUGCUGAAGUGCAAAGAGAGACUGUUGGUGAAGUGCGCAGCCAUAUUCCAAAGUUCAGGGUAGAAUGUCGUGAUGCUGCUGAUCGGAGGGGAUGGGGGGAUGUGGAGAGACAACCGUGUUGGGUUAUAAUGCUUGAGGUACUUGAUAAUCUUCCACACGAUCUUGUCUAUUCAGAGAAUCAAGUUUCCCCAUGGAUGGAAGUCUGGGUUGAGAGGCAACAUGGUCGAGAAACACUCGGUGAGUUAUACAAGCCUUUGCAAGAUCCACUUAUCACACGCUGUGUUGAGAUCAUGGACAUGGAUGAGCCUAAAACAACUCGGAGCGCUGCAGUACCUACACUGAAAGGUAUUUGGUCUAAAGUUUACCCGAAACCUCGUAGAUGUUGGCUGCCAACUGGAUGUUUGAAAUUACUUGAGGUUCUGCAUGAGGUGCUACCAAAGAUGUCCUUGAUUGCUUCUGAUUUCAGCUAUCUCCCAGAUGUGAAAGUUCCUGGCGAAAGAGCUCCUUUGGUUUCAACUAAAAAAGAUGGAAGCAGCUCAGAUUAUGAGAACUAUAUGGACGCAAAGGUUUGGUUUCCCAUCAGCCUCAUCUUUCAAUCUAGUUUCUUCAUUUCUGGUUGGCUGAAACUUAAGGGUGAUCAUACAUCCAAAAAAGGAAAGAAAAGGAGAACAAUUACGCUGGAUACAUCAGCUUUUAUGGAAGAGUUCGGUUUGCCGACAAAAACGAGAACCAAAGACGGAUACAACCCACUUUUGGAUGAUUUCAAGAAUACCAAAUUUUAUCUGAGUGUUCCUACACACAAUAUCAAGUAGAUUCUCAAUACAAGUACUUGCACUCACAUAGACGGGUCAAGGCAUUUCAUGAGCUAAUAUUUAUGUAAGUACCCUGGACGUAAUCAUUUAUAAAUUAAAUUAUUCUUUUUGGUCAAAUUAAAAUUUUCAACAUAAACAUGGUUAUGUACUGUCUCAUGGGUUCAACACUAAAGCCCCAGAAAAUAAUAUGAUUCAACAAGAUAUAACAUCCUGUAAGAGAAGAACAUCACCAGUUGUGAUGAUUGUUUUAAACCGGUGUUUGCAGAUUGGGGAUGUAUUUCUUAUGGUUUAUACCUAUUAUUGUACACUGCGAUUAGCAAGAGAUUAGUUUCUAAGGAAGAACAUCUUUAUCUCCA